CAAACAAAACAAAACAAAUGCACUUGUAGAUCCACCUGCUCCAAAAUAGAUAUGGACUACUGAAAUGUUGGCUGGUAAGUCAUUUUUUGUUGUGUAAAAAAAACUUUUAUCAUCUCCCCCAAAAAAGUCUUGAUAACAUGAUAUCUUAAUCUUUUCUCUUAAGGUAAUCAGACAUGGUUGCAAACAGGAAAGGUCAUCAGUCAGCUGGAAAGAGGACAGCAGGGGCGUCUGCUGUUGAGGGGGAAGUGGAGGAAGUAGAGCAGCAAGGUGAUCCCCAACCCGAUGCACAGGUGACAGAUGAUGUUCAGGAAGAUGUUGAGAAUGAAGUAGAUCAAGAGAAGACACCUGAAGUUGAGGAUGUUGAAACUCAAGAAGAAAAUACUGAAGAAAAUGGAGAAGAGAAGAAAGAAAAUGAAGGAACACCUGUGGUGGAAGAUGAAGAGAAAACGGACGAUGAUGAUUUAAUGAAGGAUGAGGUGGGAGAAAACAGAGAAGAAGCUGCAUUAGAAGACAACAAAGAGGAAAAAGAUGAGGAAGCUGAUGGAGCUGAUCAGAAUGAAGCAGCUAACAGAGAGUCUGAGGAAGAGGAGAAGGAGGAAGAAGUGGAAGAAGAGAAAAUGGAUGAGGAGGGACCAGCAGAGGAAACAGCUGAAAAUGAGAACGAGCAGGAAGAAAAUCAGACAGAAGAGGAUAAGAAAGACGAGAAUGAUCAGGAAGAAGCUCAGGAAGAGGAGAAAGCAGAGGAAGUGCAGAAAGAAGAUCAGGAAAAUGAGGAACAGGUAGAGGAUCAGAUACAGAACCAGAAUGAAGAGGAUGAGCAGGAAGACAAUCAGAUUGUGGACCAGAAGGAGGAUGAGCAGAAAGACAACCAGGUUAUGGAGCAUGAGGAAGAGGGUGAAAUGGGAGAAGAUCACAUGCUGGAUCAAAGGGAGGAGGAUGAACAGGAAGAGAAUCAGAUGGGGGAUGAGAGGAAGGCAGAGGAAGUGCAGGAAGAAGAUCUGGAGGAACAGGAGCAGGAGAAUGGGCAGGAGGAUGAUCAGAUGGAAGAUGAGAAAAUGCAGGAAGAAAAUCAGGAGGAGGAACAGCAGCAGGAAAAGAAUGAGGAAGAUGAGGAAGUGAAGGAAGAUCAGGAGGAGGACCAGGAAGAGGUUGAGGUGAAAGAAGCUCAACGGGAAGCAGAUCAGCAGGAAGAAACAAACGGAGAAGCUGAGGAAGUGACAGAGGAUACAACUCAACAGGAAGCAGUUGAAAAUGAGGAAGUAGCUAAGGAGGAGAAUGAAAAUGAAAAGGCAUCUGAAGAUAUCACUGCAACAGAGGAACCAGUGGACGCGGAGCCUGUUAAGCCCCCUCGGAAGCGAAGGUCGGCCAUGUCUACCCCGAGCCCGCCGCCUCGCCGCCGAGGGAGUAAGAGACCUGCUGGGAGUCCUGACAGCGAGCUCUUCUCUCCCAAGCGCCCGUCAGAAGGGAUGAGCCUGCGGAGCGGGGACAGGGUUCUCCGCCGUGGCAGGAAGUCAUAGGGAGUGCAUGGUGGGUAAAAUGGGGCCAGCAAACAACACUGGCAUUCUAGUUUCAGACUGUCAGGAUUUGUUUAUCAACAUCAGCAUCAGCAAUCCAUAAUCACUAUGCAAGGACGUUAUAAACCAGCAUUCAAGCAUGCAAAUGAUCCACUAUUUUGUUAAAAUAGAUUUCUUAAAGUAUAUUAUAAACAUUCUAGGUAUGACUAUCAUAA